AUCUUCUUCUUCCUCACAAUCAAUCAGAUUCAGAGUGAGUGCAGAAACAAAAAAGAAAGAUUGUUCGAGAGGACAAACCCUAAAUGGCAUCUCUCUCCAUGGCCUCCGUGAUCCUUAGGUUCUCUCCUUUACGCUCUUCUCCAAAGGUUUCAUCCACUCACGGGUCCGUUCAAUUCCCUCGAUUCAGCUCGUCGAGUCUUUCCUCAGCUCACUGCAUAUCUGGGCUUCGUGCGGUUAUUCCUCAGAAGAUAACCACAGUCGUUUCUCAGAAUCCUCAGAGGCUUCAGUCUCUUACUGUUUUCGCUCAUAAGGGAUACAAGAUGAAGACCCACAAGGCGUCAGUGAAACGAUUUAGAGUAACGGGAAGGGGGAAGAUAGUGAGGAGGAGAUCCGGGAAGCAGCAUUUGUUAGCUAAGAAGAACAACAAGAGGAAGCUCCGUCUUUCCAAAAUGCACCAAGUUAGCAGGAGCGACUAUGACAAUGUGAUCGGAGCUCUUCCAUACCUGAAAGUCAAUCGAAAGGCGGCUUAAAAACAAGGCCUAGGGCGUGAAUGAUCCUUUCCGUCCCUUUAUUUUUUUUUCAAUUUUGUACUCUUAAGUUGUGAUUAAAAAAAUUACUUUUGUUUUGUGAUUAUUUUGUUCAAUGAGUUUCGCAUUUGUCUC